AUGUCAACUUGUAGCAACAACACGUGUAAACUAAUAAAACGCGCUAAAUUGAACAAUAUCGAUGAUGGAAUCGAAGAGGAUCAAGUUAUCGUGAAUGUUGACGAAACUCUGACGAUUACUCUCGAGGAACUUAUUAAAGAAUUGUACGAGGAAUUUAAAACAAACAAUGUUAAUGUCGAUCGAAUUCAGGCAUUGAUGGCUUCGUACGAUAGCAACCCUGAGGAUUGGAAGAAAUACGCUAAAUUUGAUCGUGAUCGAUACACAAGAAAUUUAGUUGACGAAGGAAACGGAAAAUUCAAUCUAAUAGUUCUUUGUUGGAAUCCGGCUCAAGGGUCCGCAAUUCACGACCACUCUGACUCACAUUGUGUAAUGAAAAUUCUCCAAGGUCAGCUGAUCGAGACAUUAUACACCUGGCCUCGAGAGAACCCGAAGUAUCCCGGAAAGGUCGCCGUAGACGAACUCGAGUCAAACGUCCUGCAAACGAAUGAUGUGUGUUACAUCAAUGACUCGAUCGGGCUUCAUCGCAUGGAGAACCCGAGCAAGACCGAACCGGCAGUAUCUUUGCACCUGUACUCCCCACCGUAUUCAUCCUGCAAUGCCUUUGACAGACAAACCGGGAACCGGACACCUUGUAAGGUCACAUUCUGGUCCAAAUAUGGCAUGAAAAAUUAA